AUGAAUAGCAACAUAACCCAGCUAGAUAAUGAAACAAUAAUGAUGCUUGGGAACCCAACCAUUGGGGUGGCCCUCCCCAUCGUGUACUCACUGGUGGCUCUCAUCAGCAUCCCCGGGAAUUUCUUUUCCCUCUGGAUCCUUUGCUGCCACACCAAACCCAAAUCACCUUCGAUCAUCUUCAUGAUCAACCUGUGCAUCACUGACCUCAUGCUGGCUGUGGCCCUCCCUUUUCAGAUCUUCUAUCACCUGAACAGCAACAACUGGCCCUUUGGGACAUUCCUCUGUAACCUGGUGACAGUGGUCUUUUACACCAACAUGUACUCCUCCAUACUGACCAUGACCUGCAUCAGUGUCGAGCGGUUCCUGGGCGUUGUGUACCCCUUGACCUCCACCAGGUGGAGAAGGAAGAGAUAUGCGGUUCUGGCUUGCGUGGGCAUAUGGCUCCUUCUCUUACUUGCCUUGUCUCCCUUGGCCAUCACGGACCUGACCUACGAAGUGAAAGCCCUGGGGAUUGUCACCUGCUUUGAUGUCCUCAAGUGGAAUAUGCUGCCCAGCCUUGCCAUGUGGGCCAUCUUCCUCUUCACCCUGUUCAUUUUUCUCUUCUUCAUUCCCUUCAUCGUGACCGUGGCCUGCUACAUCGCCACCAUCCUCAAGCUGAUCCGAACUUCUGAAAGGUAUGGGAAUGGGCAGAAGAGCCGCUCCAUCUGUCUCGCUGGCAUCGUCCUCCUCGCCUUCGUCACCUGCUUUGCCCCUAACAAUUUUGUGCUCCUAGUGCACAUGAUCAGCCGCCUGUACUUCCACAAGAGCUACUACCACAUCUAUAAACUCACCCUCUGUCUCAGCUGCCUCAACAACUGCUUGGAUCCUUUCAUUUACUACUUUGCUUCCAAAGAGUUUCAUCAGAAAUUAAAGAAGUUCCUGGGUAAAAAUGCCCUCUUCAGUGAUAGCUCAGAGGCCAGAAGGGAAAGUUUAUUCUCUGCCAGGACACUUUCGGCCAGGUCAAUGUCAAGUGGACAGGUGGAAGGGUCAGCUGGAGGCAGCCGGGUCUGCUUGAAAAGACAGGAAAGUUUGUUUUAACAGUAGUAUGUGAGCCAGAAGGGCAAAAAAAGGUUGAUGCCUGUGGGAGGUGUGUGAAGGAAUUAAAGUAAAAAGCCCAUCUCUUUCAGGUCUGAAAAAGGCUUGGGAGUGCCUACCUUGCCACUGGAGGCAGUAGGGCUCUCUUCUUGAGGAAGUGGCUAAAAUUUGAGCUAAAGAAAGGAUGCCUCCUUACAUCAGGCACAGAAUACACUAUGGGCUUUAGAAAGAUAGACUGAUGAAAAGAAAAAGAAGGAAAGGAAAGCAGUAUGAAAUAACCAGUCUAGUUCUCUGAGUAAGAAGACAGAGACUAAAUGCUUUUGAAACCAGAGAGGGAGGGAAGAAUUUUUUCUUCCUUCCAGGCAGCUAUUCACAGACUCAAG